UAUACUCAGAUACGUCGAACGGGUCGACUCGUGCGCACGUACGCAACGGGCUAAAGCAAACUCCUUGCACUCCAUUAUUAUAGUGUAUACGCCAUGCAUAGUGUUUUCGUGCUAUAAGGUCAUUUGUUUAAGUUUGUGCUAACAAUUUUGUGAUUCUAGUGAGUUCUGUGUUAAGAUGUUUCCUAGAAUUCAAGGACUGUUCCAUUCCGUGACGGACAAGCGGUCACAGAACAAUGAAUUCGGAGAAAACAGUGUAACAAUAGUUACUGAAAAGAAGAUAGAAGAUGAUGCGUCAUCCAGUGGAGAGAAUGUUGAAAUUGAAGAUAAACCCCUACCGAUAGUAGACCCUACGAUAGACUCGUCGGAGGAGGGCCACGCGGCGCAGUGCGCCUGCCCUAACUGCGAUGAGGUUCUAUCCAGGUUCUCAGAAUGCAGCAUAUGUCUGGAACCCUUACAGGGUUGCGGUCCGUGUGUAUGCCCCUGGUGCGGUGGUGUGUGGUGCGCAAGAUGCUCUCGGCGUAUGUCACGCUGCGCCUGGUGCCGCGGCAGCCUGCGCUCUCCCGCAGCCCCCUGCCUCGCACUGCAGCGCCUCAUCAACGAUCUCAUGCUUCCUUGUCGGAAUUACAGGCGCGGCUGCACAGAACUCCUAACAACAAGCACAAGAGCAAAGCAUGAAGAAGAUUGCAAGCAUGACUCUAUGAUCUGCCCCGUCACCGCGACCUGCUCCUCCAUAGCAUUCGAGGAGUUGUCAGAACAUCUGCAGUCACAACACAACAUCAUCGCAGUCUAUUCCCAAAAGAUUAAGAUCCUAAUCGAAAACUUCCAAACAAAGUUAAAGAAGACCGCCUGCUGUAGGACGAAGUACAAAAUAAUCCUACUCUACCAGAAGAGCGCGUUCAUCAUUAAAGUUUGCAUCUACAACUUCCAUGUUAAAGUUGAAGUAAUGCGACGUAAGUUAGGUUACAUCGCAGACGUCAAAUCGGAAUCUAAAAAGAGUGAAUAUUGCGCUCUGAUAGAAUUCCAAAGUAAAGCGUUAUGCACAAAAUCAGCGAUAUUAAUAGAGAAUGAAGCGUACAGUAAGAAAGCAGAAGUUCAAUGGAACGAUAUCAUAAUGAAAUCAGAUACAGACGAGGCUAUCACAAUCCAUGUUAAUAUCGGAAAAUCUAACGCUGAAACUUUCAAGAAAGUAACGCAUACGAAUUGACAUGUCAAGUAUUUAAUGAACUAUUUUAAAAUAUUAUACAAGUGUUAAAUGUAUUCCAAAAUAUUCCAAAAGUGAUUUUAUGUGUUGACGAGGUCCAAAUAAUAUUCUUAAAGUUUGGUUUAAUAUUAAACCUACGACUAAGAAGCACGCUAGUUGUAUGACGUGAACUGAUGUAGUUAAAUGUGACUGAUAUAGUUUUAAAUUUAGUUAUAAUUUAAACUGUUAUAAGUAUUGAAAUAAAUAGAUACGAUCUUA